AUGGACCUUUCAAGGAACAAAGUCGCAGUGAUCGGACUCGGUGCCUUUGGUAUUGUGGCUCUGAAGAAUCUUGCCGAAGAGGGUUUCGAAGUGACCGGAUUUGAGCGCAACCCCUAUGUUGGUGGUCUUUGGAAGUUUACUCGAGAGGACAAGACUUCUGUGUUGCCCACAACUGUCGUUAAUAUUUCAAAAGAAAGAGGGUGUUUCACAGACUUCCCGUUUCCUGAUGCGACGACCAGUCAACCUUCGGCCGAAGAGGUGGCGCAGUAUCUGGAGGACUAUGUCGAUCACUUCAAGCUACGAUCAAUGAUGCGUCUCAACACAGUUGUCACUCAUGUAUCGCAUGAUGAUACUCUCAACAAAUGGAUUAUUGAAAUUUCUGGUUCGCCCAAAGAAAUGUUCGACAGGGUCAUCAUCGCGACAGGAAUGAACCAAACACCGAACUAUCCGAAUGUCAAAGGGAUUGAGCAGUUCAAGGGCGAAACGCUCCACUCCAAAUCUUACAAAAGCCCAGAGAACUUCGCAGGGAAGAAAGUGUUGCUUUUCGGCUUGGGAAACACCGGCGCUGACACUGCAACAUCACUUGUGGGCCAUGCAAGCGAGAUCUAUGUUUCUCAUCGAGAAGGCGCUCUCAUCCUUCCUCGAACCAACAAAGGCCGUCCGAUUGACCACACACUUAACAUUCGCUUGAUCACUUUCCAAAGGCUCCUCGAGCGGUUCUUCCCUAAUCUAUCUGAACGCCUUUUCAAUGGAUUUGUUAAAAGGCUGCAGGAUUCUGCAUUCAAUAUCCGUCCUGAGUGGAAUCUCUCACCAGCACCUUCGAUCAAAACUAGCAACCCAGUCGUCUCAGACGAGAUCGUCCCAGCGCUUGAGAGUGGCAAAGUCCACUCUGUCCUAGGUGUCAGCUGCGUAACCGGGCCGAAUGAAGUUGAGUUGAUUGAUGGAAGGAGUUUGAAUGUAGAUGCUAUCAUCUACUGCACUGGAUACAAACCCAACUUUAGUCUGUUGGAUCACGAAGCUGAUCCAACGGCUGUUACCACCCCGAAGUGGACUGCGUCCCAGGGGUCUAGGGGCAAACCGCUGCCUCGUCUGUAUCAGAAUGUUCUGUCUCUCAAGUACCCGGACUCACUCGCAUUCAUGGGGUGCGUGGCAUUUGCAACGGGGGCAUUCGUUCUAUAUGACCUGGCAUCCAUGGCUGUCGUGCAAAUCUGGAAGGGGAACUCGGAUCUUCCACCUCAGCACGAGAUGGAGCGGGCGGUUGACGAGCACCAUGAUUGGCUGUGUAACCUUGCAAAGAAAAGUAAUGUUCACCCGCAGCUUGUCAAUGGCCAUUCUUGGUCAGCAUGGGCAGACAAGAUGGCUGGAACUGGGGUUGACGAAUAUUUGGGGUGGGGUUGGAAGGGAUGGCGUUACUGGCUCAAGGAUCGAUCUUUCUGCAACCUUCUCAUGGGUGGUAUCUACAGUCCACAUAUCUAUCGCUACUUCAAGGGCAAGCGAAGUCGGUGGGAUCGAGCGAGGGAAGAGAUUGAGAAGGUGAACGUCAACAUUUCUAGAAACAGGCCCAAAACCGAAUAG